CAUGACUGUUACCAAAAUUAAGAAAUACAUCCCUGGAGAAGAUGUUAUUUUAGAAUGUAAUGUUAAUAUUACUUCUAAUCAUACGAUCUCUUGGUUUUUUGAAACAAAAGUUAUUUGGACUGGAGACAAACUAAAUGAAAUGAGUAACAAUUCAUUAAGAUACGAAAUAACAGAAAAAAUAAAUCUUCGAAUUAAGAAUACAAGUAUUCAUGACGAAGGGAUAUAUACGUGUCUACCUGUUCCUCCUAUGAAUAAUGGAAAAUACACGGUGACACUGGAAAGUGAACCAUUUCGAGAAAAGAACAGUUCAAACAGCAGUCAUUCAUCAAAAUCAAAUGUUCAGAACAAUCAAACAACAGUUCAUACUUCAUCGACAGAGACAACAGACCAGAUAUUAAAUGCUGAAGUAAAAACAAACUUAAACGAAGAAAAAAACAACGUCAAAAACCAGAAUAUACAUUUGUAUGUCUUUGUAUACAUUGCUUGCUGUUGUGGUUGCAGUUUAAUGUUUUGCGCAGGUGGUUUCAUCGUUCAGAAAAUGAAUAGAGUAAAAGAAAAAGAAACCAACAAGAAGAAAGUAAAUGUGGUUGGUAAAUGUAAAGACAUCCAUAAACAUAAAAGAAUGAAUAAUUAAUAAAGUUCAGGGCAAAAGACGAAUACUCUGAUGGGAGUAAAGCUAGGAAGAAAACCUAUUGGAAAACGGUCCUGAUGGGGGACCUUAAAUCUCAUCACAACAACAGUCGUUUGGUGGAAGAACGAUAUUUACCAAUGGCAAUGAAGAUUCACAUAAUACUUCCACGUUUCACAAGUGUCUUUUGACGCUGUCAAAUGGCUUGCUUGGCUUUAUUGUAUUUAUAGAAGAAUAUAUGUUUCUUAGUUUUAUAGUUUUAAGUAAUUAUUAAAUUUUUUGAUAGAA